AUGGAUCCCCGGCCAAGGAAGAAACGCCUGUCUAUGGCAUGCAACAGCUGCCGACUACGAAAAGUGAAAUGCGAUGCAGACUAUCCACGAUGUCGCAACUGUCGAGGUCGCGAUGAAGUUUGUGCUACCAGCGAUCCGCGACGUGCCGGGGAGCCUGUUGUGCGUGAAUGGAUUGUGACCGAGAAGAUAAACAAAUCCGACACGAAUAGACCAACUGUAUACGCCAGCCCUACUCCAUCUCUACAACAACAAUUGUUUCAACAAACACAGGGUUCAGAGAUACGGACAGAACACUCUGUAGCAGUCGGCGUACAAAAUGACCAAAUUUCAUCGGCCAAGAAUGAUCAACCCGGCCAUACUGAUAUCCACGAAUCUCCCGUACAUCAACCAUUCCACGUCAGUUCGAACACUGAUCCAGAAUUAAAUCGCACAAAAAUUGUCGGCGGAAGCAGUUCGCAAUGUCUGGCAAAAUCAUUGGAUGUGUACCUGAAAUCAGUGCACCGAAAGCCCGUAUCCGAUUUGUUCAAGUAUGGCAUGAGAUACGCAGAAGAAUUCGACAUUCCCUUGGAAGUCUCAUUACCGCCAUUACCAGACUCCUCUCGACUUCACGGAUAUUUAUCGACAUUUUUUGACCGAAUACAUCCCUUGUAUCCGUUAUUCAACGUUGAAUCAUUUCAUGUGAUCGUCAACCAGAUCGUGGAGAUGGGGAGUGAAUUGAAAACCAUUCCACGCGAUCAAAUACCAUGGCUUGCAAGUGUUUAUCUAGCGGUCAGUAUUGGCGCGGAUGAACAAACUCAUGGAGUUACUUCCGAUGGGACUCUAUAUCUCCAAGCAGCCUCAAGUCUUAUAGGACACGUGACGUCGGUGCCGUAUCUUCCCGCAGUACAGGCAAUGCUUAUGUUCACUAUUGCCUAUCGUGGGCGAAAUCAAGAAGGAUUGGGAUGGCUGUAUUUAGGGAUGGCCAUUCGGAUUGCACAUACGACUGGAAUCCAUCGAAGAGCAGCCUAUAGUGCCCCGCGAACUGGAGAUGUGCAGUACAUACAAAAAUAUACAAAUGAGGGCAGGAUCUGGGCAAUAUGUUGCAUUCUAGAAAAAUGUAUGGAGCUUGAAUCUGGGCGACCAACUGUCAUCUCUUAUUCCUUUACAUGCGACGACGUUCUCCCUCCACACCUUCACGAACAAGAUGACGACCAAAUUCUUCGCUGGCAACUAGGACUAGCAGUGUACCAGAAUCAAAUCAGUCAACAUAUUUACGGCCACACCUUACGCAAACGCCGGGCUAGAGAAAUCCUCCUCGAUACUGCACGACUUGACAAAUGUCUAUUAGACUGGGUGAACGGUAUCCCUCCUCAGAUGCGGCCCGGAAAUGACAUUUUUUGUCCAAGAGGAGUCUUUCAUUUCGCAGCUCUAUUGUCUAUGAUGUACCACGAAGCCAUGAUAACCCUACAUCGGGCAGCUCUAAUUGCGCCCAAUGCAAGUUUCGAGGUUGAAGUCGAGCAAGAGGGUCCAGAUGACCCGUCUCGAUUUCGUAUUCUCGGCGGAGAGUCGAUAUGUAUUAACAGCGCAAGAGCGAUUGCGAAGUUGAGCAUUGAACUGUCAGAUCAAAGGACGGAUACGCGGUUGAUACCUGCUGGGGUUCCAUUACUGGCGUGUAUCGUGUUGGCUAUCUAUUUGAUCAAGCAUCCAGAUAGCAGAAUGCAGUCUACUGACUUGCAGCUUCUGAAGACUUGUCUCGAAUUGUGCAAUGAAAAAUGGAUGGAUUGCGGUCAAGACAUGCGCUUUAUCCAAGGCCUGUCAACCGUAUAUGAACGCGUCAGAGGAUACAUCGACUCCCAAAGAGCGACCAAAGCACCACAUACACCUCAAAAUUGUACCAUAACGGGCCCUUAUUUACCGGGUGAUCUACCAAAUUACACGGAGAAGCCGAGUACUGUACCUACACGACACAGUCUCCUUGUAAGUCUCAGCCAACAACCUUACAAUACAGACAAUACACCUGAUACUCCCAACAAACGCUAUCAUCCAGAUGGAGGUGUACUGGAUACAAGAACGCAUCAACCGUAUGAAGAUAUUCCACCUGACUCAGCAACACUACCUCAAUAUGACCACCCUAAUGAAGUUACCCAUAACCAGCAAGCAAAUAUGCCACUGGACGUGGAUAGAUAUGAUUGGCAACAGGGGUCAGCACAGGAAGAUAAUCAAUUUCCUUUCGAUGGCUACAAUGUCGAGGAUUUGUGGGAGUGGAUGCUAUACUUUGAUUCUCAGAGUGAGGUCAUCUCUAAUGCCCAUACCUGA